AUGGACCGCACAGUGACUGCGCAGUCGCCUCCCUCCGACAAUGACAGCGGCGAACGCCCUGUGCGACAACAGCUCAAGCAGACUAACCUUGACGCUGUGGGCGAAAACAAAAUUUCUACGCGUCCAAACCGAAAGCGCUCCCUCGACAACACAGACGGAGCCACCGACUCACCCCCAAUCAAGCGAUCCCGAGAGUGCACCCCGGACAUUACUGCUCCUGCAGCAGACAACUCCAAGCACGCCGCAAUCCCCAAAGAUGCCACUACCCAAGAUGUGAGUGCAGAUGUGCUAGCCACAGCACCUGUGAGCACUUCGGUUCACAAUACACGUCUCUCCCACAACCCGAUCAUGAGCCACAUUCCCGAGACCAAGGUCCAGUUUCCCCUGGACCUCGAGAUCAAGGUCUCAAUUGGUGGAUUCGAGCAGAUUAGCCAUGUGACCGUUCCUGUUGAGAUUGGUAUCAAAAUGACAGCUGGAGCAGUCUCCUUGGCUUCCUCGACUUCCAAAUCCACUGAAGGCGAAUCCUCCAAAAUCCAUGUCACCGUUCCCUCUGCAAAGCCUACUCCCCCAUCUGGAACCCCGUCCUCCGGAGCCCCUCCCCCUGGAACUCCGUCAUCUGGAACAUUGCCCGAUUACCUCCUUCCCGACCAGCCUUUGCCUGAAGCACUCAAGGAUGAGUCUUUCCACAUCUUUGAAGAACCUGAGUCAAUUGGAGAUUCUUCGUCUGAAGACUCUCUACCUGACUACCGUUCAACUGAAUACCCGUCCUCUCCACCUGUCCCAUACAGUCCAACGAACCCUGAUUACCCUAGACCCUCGGUUGAAGCCCCUGAAGUCCUUGAUUCUAACCACUCUCAAUCCCCACAGAAUCUUGGAACGACCGUCGGAAACGAGGAUGACUCUUCACAACCCGAGAAGAAGAGACCUCGUGACAAUUCGGAGGAACGCAAGGCUAAGGUGGACCAAACUUUCACCGCGAGUGCAUUCGGAAAAGCUUCUGCCAACCCUUCACCUUUCGUAAUGCCGAAUAAAUCGACGUCUGAUGCUUCGCCCUUUGCAACCAAAGGUGCCCCGACUUCUGGUUUCGGUGGCCUCGGAUCCGGAUUCUCUGCCUUUGGCAGCGCUUUCCCCGCUCCCUCUGGUAAACUCACCAGUUUUGCAUCUCCCAAUGCCCCCGCCGCUUUCUCUGGAACAGCUGCUGGUAAGCUGACCAGCUUCGCGUCUCCCAAUGCCCCCGUUUCCCUUGCCGAGUCCAGUGACAAGACCCUCGGCGCAAAACAAUCCGACAACGAAGAGAGUGACAACGAACCAGUCGGUGAACCUGAUGACACCUUUGUUGCCGAGAAGACCGACGAGCGUUUCCACGCACAAACUGGUAUGGACCCCGCGUUGUUGCCUUCCCCCUGGGCACCGAAUAUGGCCCGUGACUCAUACCGAUCUGAAAAAUCAGUUGAAACCGGCGAAGAAAACGAGACCACCGAGUUCACAGCCAAGGGCAAGCUGUAUAGCUUUGACGACAAAAAAUGGAAGGAGCGUGGUGCCGGCACCUUCAAGGUUAACCUCAAGACGGAGUCCGACGGAAAGAAAUCUGGCCGCAUUAUCAUGCGUGCUGAUGGUGCCCUGCGCGUUAUGCUGAACAGUGCGAUUUGGCAGACCAUGCCAUUUGGUGAUAUCAAGGGUUCUCGCCCGACUACUCGCGACAUAUACCUGGCGUCCAAGGAGGACGAGAAGGUGGUCAGCCUCCUUCUGCGUCUUGGAAAUGAUAAACAGGCCCAGGGCCUGUAUGAUGUUCUUAAGGAUAUUGUGAAGGAGAUCUGA